CUGAGUAUAUAGUAUAUGCCAUAGCAUUGAUGCAAUUCCUUGCUAGAGCAUAUCUCUUCGCUCGACAAGCAGCUAAAAUUCCACUCCAAGGACUCAAGCAUGUAUAAACUCUCCUGAGCUAACGAUCUCUAGGAUGCAGGAUGUUUACGAGUUACGUUUAUCCUAUGAGGAUUAGAAGUUGUAGUAAUUCUCCACAAAUAACUCCUUGAGGAUUGAACAGAGGUAAAAUAGCAGUGUCCGACAAGUGCCAUGAGGUUAGGACUCGUUCCUUUCUUGGUUAGGGAUUCGUCUCUUUCAUCUAUCAGUUUAAGUUUCUAUAUUUUAUUCAUAAUUAUCGAUCCACAGCCAUUGCAUCCAGCAAGUUUUAUCAUCCUUCUGCGUGAAUUUCUUUCCGUUCAAUCUUUUAUUAUGCCUAUGGUGUGAUAUGUCUCGUAUGCCGAUAUUUUAUCGAAUGCUUUUGGUGCAUCUGCCUUUACUCCAGUCUCCAUAUCUCUAAGAUAGGUUAUCCUUACUAGAAUGCUAGGUCUGUUAUUUAUGGAAAAUUAGGCAGGAAGGUGUUGUGUCACUAUCAUGAUGUGUACCAUUGUUAGAAGUGGGCACAUGCACCAUCCACCGUUUUUGUUUCUUUUCUAACAAAAACAGUCACCUAUGUAUAAGCAUCACUUGGUUUGUAUGAAAUCUAUUUCCACCUUGAUUUCUCUGAAAACUAGGCGAUCCAUUUUCUGGCCGAAUGGAGUUUUACGGCUACAACGGUGAUGAUCGCUACUGGAGUGCUCCCCACCAUGGUUUCGAACCCGUGCCCCACUAUCCCUCUCCAUGCGAUCCCGGUGAGUCUUACUCAACCCCGUUUGACUACUCUGUAUCUACUUAUCCUGAUCCGAUUAAUUAUGCUCCUUCGUCUUACGAUUACUACCACUACUCUGUAUAUCAACAGGAGACGAACUAUAGUUGUUACGAACCGCCCCUUCUCUAUUCCCAGACCAAUUUUACAGUAUCACACUCUAAUGUGUUGUUCGCUAUACCCGAAUUCGAAGAGUAUGACCCCACUCCCUACGGUGGAGGUUAUGAUCAGGCCAUUACCUACGGCAAGCCUCUUCCUCCUUCCGAUCGCAUCUGUUACCCUCGCUCGGUCCCCCAACCCGACGCCCUAGAUAAUUUCUCUUUCGAUUCAAUCCCUUCGCCCUAUGGUAAAGACCAAGACGUUAUCCUAACCAACCGUAGCAAACCGGCAGAUACCAAACCCGAAACAGGUAAGAUUAUCGAUGAUGAUGGGAAGGGUAGUGAUCCGGUCGAUGUGAUCCCUAUUGUUGAGCAAAGUGAUGUGAUCCCUUCUGUUGAGGAAAGUGAUGUGAUCCCUAUUGUUGAGUAUCCCAAUUAUGGUUCUCAAAUUCCAUAUGGGUCUGGAUUGGAAGGUCUGGAUUUGUGUGAGGGUCUGUUUGGUUACUGGCCGUGCUUAGCUAAGAAGGCGCAGGCCGCGCAGCAUCAGAGUGGAACUGCUGCCACGUCUGCCCGCGCAGCAUCAGAGGAACUGCUGCCACGUCUGCGAUCAAGAUAGGCGAAUCGAGCCGUGGGAGUCAGCCGCGGAUUAUCUUUUCGGGAGUCCUGUGCCGUAUGGUCACGACAAUUAUCACCAGUCUCUCUACCAGUCCGAUCAAAUUUCUUGACUUAAAUAAUUGUUCUUGGUAUGAUUUUCAUGUUAUUUCUUGGCUGCAAAAUAAACAUGUAUAGUUGAGUUAUUGAAUUGGCAAGAAACUGUACUAUCCACAUUGAGUUAUUGAAGAAGCAUUGUGCAAAAUGCAAAUUGGUGGAAGGCAAAA